AUGAAUUCGGUUCCCUCCGCAAUGCCCAAGGCUGCGGCUAUCCCCGCUCGUCUUUUGCGGACUUCGCGACAAUGUUCGAACCAGAGUCCUGCAACCAACUAUGUCCGCUCGUCUUCCCAGAUCCGGGGCUACCAUGCCCCCACGGCUUCUGCUGCUGGUCGAUGCCUACGAGAAUCCAAUCCGAACCAGAAGAGACACAAUCCGGCGCCUGCUUCGUCAAGGACAUUCCAUUCGACUGCUCCCCUCAAGGCAAUUUCGGAUCCGUACAAGACUUUAGGUGUCGACAAGAGUGCUUCCGCGGGCGACAUAAAAAAAGCCUACUAUGGAUUGGCGAAGAAAUACCAUCCCGAUACAAACAAGGAACCCGGCGCCAAGGACAAGUUUGCAGAGGCUCAGACGGCUUAUGAGAUGCUUUCCGAUCCCAAGAAGAGAGAAAGCUACGACAAGUUUGGCGCUUCUGCUUUCGAUCAAAACGGCGGCUUCGAUCCGAGUGCCGCGGGUGGGAACCCGUUUUCCGGUGCAGGAGGUUUCGGUGGCUUCGGAGGUGGUCCCUUUGGCGGCGGCUUUGGUGGUGGUUUUUCGGCGGAUAUCAACUUCGAGGAUCUCUUUGGUGCUUUUACGGGUGGCGCACGCCGUUCUGGACGGGGUAGACGAGGUCCCUUCCAGGAAGUAUUGGUUGGUGAAGACAUCGAGGUGCAGACCAGCAUUUCCUUCAUGGAGGCUGCGAAGGGCACAUCCAGAGAUAUCGCCAUCACCCCCUUGACCGAGUGCGGUACUUGCAAUGGUGAUGGGUUGAAGCAAGGUGCCAAGCGCACGCAAUGCCGUCAAUGUAACGGAUCCGGAACCCGGGUACACUUCAUGCAGGGUGGCUUCCAGCUGGCUGCUACAUGUGAUGCUUGUGGCGGAGCAGGUCUUACUGUUCCUCCCGGAUCGCAGUGCGGUUCGUGCCACGGUAACGGAGUCGUACGGGAUCGCAAGACAGUGCAAAUCGAUGUUCCCGCUGGCGUGGAGGAUGGCAUGCGGAUGAGAGUGAGCGGGGAAGGUGACGCUCCUCCUACCGGAACCAAUGCGGCGCCUGGCUCUCGUACCCAGAAGGGCGACCUAUACGUAUCGAUUCGAGUUUCGCCUGACCAACGAUUCAGCCGUUCUGGAUCCGAUAUCCUUUACACCGCAUCGGUCCCCCUCACCACCGCUCUCUUGGGUGGUGAGGUGAGCAUCCCAACGUUGGACGGCGAUGUUAAGGUUCGGGUUGCCACUGGCACGGGCACUGGCGAGCGUAUCACUCUUUCUGGUAUGGGAAUGCAGAAACUCGGCAGCCCCCGGCGGGGCCAGAAGGGUGAUCUGAGAGUGGAAUUCAAGGUCGCCAUGCCGAAGUACCUCACGAGCAAUCAGCGAACUAUUCUGGAGGUUCUAGCGGACGAGAUGGGUGACAAGUCGGCGAAGCGGGUUAUGGACGUCGGGAAAGACAACCUACCCAGUUCGGACGGCACAUCUAGCGGCGACUCCCAGCAAAAUGAAGGAUUCCUCAAAUCUGCCUGGCAAAAGCUCAUGAACCAGAACAAAUCUGAGUCGGGUGAGCAGGGCAAGAAGGACGAGGGCCAGUCCGGCAACAAGAGCGACCAGAAAGACAAAGACGACAAGAAGUCCUCGGGUUCGAGUUGA